AUGAGCGCGGUACGCGAAUGCCCCAGCGAUCCGCUUUGCGCCGACGGCGGCGUGCGCGCCGCCUCUGGGAAAGCGGAGGGUGCUGACGUCUUCCGCGUGGUGAUUGUCGGCGCGGGGCCGGCGGGCUUGGCGCUGGCGAAUUACCUGCUGGCACGUGGCGGCGGCAGGUUCCACGUCAGCGUGAUUGAGAAGGGCGUGGAUCCGCGCGCGGAGGUCGAAGAGGCGGCGGAGAUCGCGCGCCGGUACGCCAUGGGGCUGAGCAUUCGCGGGAUGCACUGCCUGAUGGCCAUUCCAGGAGUCAUGGACAAGUUGCGGUGCGUUACAGAAUACGGUGUGCAGCCAGUGCUGGUGAACCCACACGAGAUGGUCAUGCCUGCCUUCGGCCGCCUCAUCAGAUUCUCAGUGCCCAAGGACCCCCCUCAGGGCCUCGUCUCUCGCACGGACCUGUGUGCUUCUCUGCUUGAAGCGCUUAUCGAGAGAGCCACUAAGGGGGACAAACCUGAGACGGCAGGUGAAGCGACUUCUGAUGAGGAUACGGAGGAAGGCAAGAAGGCCACUGUUGAGGAGCAGAAACACUUGAAGAAUAACCUGAAGAAACACCUGAGCAAGCACCUGGCGGUGUAUUUUGAGUCGAGGAUUGUGGAUGUGGAUAUGAAGGGCCAUGUGGUCACUGCUUCCGUGCCUUGCAGCAGUGGCAGUGGCAGUGGCAGUGAAGGCAGCAGCAACAGUGGCAGCAGUAGCAGCAGCAGUGCAGGUUACAGCAGUGGUGGGAGCAGCAACGGUGGUGACAGCAGCAGUGCGGGUGGUGACAGCGGUUUGAAAAACGUUGAGAUCAAGUAUGACCUUCUGGUGGGGGCGGACGGGGUGCGUUCCUAUGUGCGCAACCUCCUGGCAGCACGCACAUGGGACUUCCCCGUCCACACGGACCGUGUGUAUCACGACUGGACUGUCGUCAACAUGCCCGUGCCGCCCUCCCUCACGCCCUCCUCGCUCUUCUUUGCUGCCAAGGUGCCCAACACGAGGGGCAUUGGUGCGGUGGCAAUACCGCAGGUGGGCGGCGAGAUGUGUCUGGUGUGGGGGUGGAAGUCCACCGAUCCGCCCCUGGACUGGCUCUCCCUCGCCUCCCCGGCUGCUGCCAAGCAUUACCUCGAUGACCGACUGCCCUGGCUGGACGUCCCCGAAGAAGCUGCCUGGAAGCUGCUGAAGCAGAAGCCAAGAACGACCAUGCAGGUGAAGUGCUGGCGGUACCACGAUGCAGCUGCUCAGGUGGCCCUGAUAGGCGAUGCGGCCCACUCCACUCUCCCCUCUCUCGGCCAGGGAUGCAACGCCUCCAUCACAGACGCGCUCAUGCUGGGCAGGCUGCUGCUGGGGGAGGCGGUAUCUGAGCACGACAGAGUUCCAAGCCCGCUGGGCAAGCAAGGGGAAGGUGGGGUUUCUGGUGAGGCUGGUGGCGGGGAUGGUACUGCUGCUGAUGGUGGUAUUGCAGAGGGCAGCAUGAAGCCUGUGGAGGUAGAGAAGCUGAGGGCAGGCCUUGCCGGAAUUCUCUCCACUUAUUCUGCUCUCCAGGUUGUAGAAGGGCACGCGUUGGUGGAGCUUUCAGAUGCAGCAGCACCUGUCAGUACCUUCUACACU